UAGAAUAGCCGCUGACCGCACAAGGCUCAGCGCAUGCGUUGUAGCUUUCUCUUUUCGUCGCCAUCUUUGAGACUUGAGAAGGUUUGGUGCUUUCUUCAGGAUCUCAAGACAUACACAAUGCCGAAACAGAUCCAUGAGAUCAAGGAUUUCCUUAUCACAGCAAGGAGAAAAGAUGCCAAAUCUGUCAAGAUCAAGAAAACCAAGGAGAGUGUAAAGUUCAAGGUGCGAUGCAGUCGUUACCUCUACACGCUCGUCAUCCAAGACAAAGAGAAGGCCGACAAGCUGAAGCAAUCUCUGCCUCCAGGUCUUGCUGUGAAGGAACUCAAAUGAGAACUCUGGAACAAUAAAUGUGUAUAAUAUUUGAA